CUCCCCGCCUCAGAAGCAGGAGAGAGAGCUCGCUGCCGCCCUGCCCUGCCCUGCUCUAGAGUCUAGAAGGUCGACCGGCAUGGGGAGGUCGCCGUGCUGCGAGAAGGAGCACACCAACAAGGGGGCGUGGACCAAGGAGGAGGACCAGCGGCUGAUCGCCUACAUCAGGGCCAACGGCGAGGGCUGCUGGCGCUCGCUGCCCAAGGCGGCGGGCCUGCUGCGGUGCGGCAAGAGCUGCCGCCUCCGCUGGAUGAACUACCUCCGCCCCGACCUCAAGCGCGGCAACUUCACCGACGAGGAAGACGAGCUCAUCAUCCGCCUCCACAGCCUCCUCGGCAACAAGUGGUCGCUGAUCGCCGGCCAGCUGCCGGGCCGGACGGACAACGAGAUCAAGAACUACUGGAACACGCACAUCAAGCGCAAGCUCCUCUCCCGCGGCAUGGACCCCCACACGCACCGCCCGCUCACCGCCAUCGACGGCGGCGCCGCGUCGUCCCGCCCGGCACACAUCGCAGUGCCGGCGAGGGCAGCGCCGCCCACGAUGUUCGCCCUGCCAACAAAGCAGCCUCCCGUGGAUUCCUCCUCCUCCGACGGCAGCAGCGGCGCGACGAGCACGGGGGAGCCGCGAUGCCCCGACCUGAACCUGGACCUGUCGGUAGGCCCGCCGGCGGCCGACACGCCGACCUCGCACCCCGUCUGCCUCUGCCGCCACCUCGGCCUCCGAGGCGGGGCGGCGUGCAGCUGCCGCCAGGGCGACAGCCCGGGCUCCCAGGGGGGCGGGUUCAGAUAUUUCAGGCCGCUGGAGGAAGGCCAGUACAUAUGAGACGAGACGGGACGGCUAGGCCCUAGGCUCCACAGCAAUUUGUAAGACGGCGAAUUUUUCCACCUCCGCAGCACCACUGUCCAACGAAACGGUGAAGAAAAAUCUAAUCUGUUCAUAUUUUCCUUGUACGCCAAACCCACGAAUUUGUCCUCUCUCUCUCACACACACAGACGCAAAAUGGAGUACUAUCUUUUAUUCUUGGUUGGUGCCGGUUGUGUUGGGUGAAAAAACGAGGGGAUAAUGUGACAAAGGUUGGUGCGUGUUUUUUGUGGAAAAAAGGGAGGAGCUGAUGUGAGGUAGCGGGCACAUUAUUGUUUCGGGCAUCA